GCUUAUCCUACAUGGGGCAAGUUCCCUAGCAAUCUCAAGAGACAAAUAUUUUUGGAGUUCAGGAAAAAAUGUGCUUGGCGUCCGGAACAUGAGGCCAAAAUUUGUGCAAACUUUCACAAGAAAGCUACGCAUACUCUUGCUAGUUUGUUUAAUAAAGCUCGUAGAGAUAAUAACAAACCUAGCUGGGUUCUACCGGAGGAUUGGGCAAAAUUACUCGUGCAUUGGAAAUAUGAUCCAAGAUUUAAGCAGAUGAGUGAGAUCGGUAAAAAGGCAAGAUCAUCUACUAAGGGUGGUUCUCUACACACAAGUGGGGCUCAAAGUCAAGGAAGUGUGAGGAGGAAAUUGGAAAAGGAACUAGGAAGACCGAUAACUCAAGCUGAGGCAUUUAAGGCAACACACAUUACAAAGAAGAAAAAUCCUGAAGAUCCAGACGUGUGGGUUGAACCGCGAGCUGAAGUGACCUAUAAUCGAUAUCUUCAAGCUUUGGAGGAUUUACAACAAACUCUGCCGGAAGAAAAUCGAGGUAUGCCACUUACUCAAGAACAGGAUGAGAGAGUUUGGUUAGACUUGACUUGUGGGCCGAGUNAUGGAAUGCCGCAUAAAACCUUUCGUGAAUUUUCUUCUGAGUUUGAAGGCCUAAAUAGUUCAAAUCAUGAUGAAUCGAUGAAGAAAAAUUUGGCUAUGGAGAAAAAGAUUGUUGAGCUAUCUAGCCAAGCCAAAGAAUCACGGGCUAGGGAAAGGCGGUUGGAAUUACAGUUUGCGGGUCUUAAGGCUCAAUUCGAUGCAUUACUUGCUUCAGGAGGGAUUCCCCCUUGUUCUGGAGGGUCUCCGUUUGGCGACCUCAUGAGGUGUCUUUAA